AUGAUGUGGGAUACCUUGACCCUGUACAACUACUUUAUGGCUGUGUUUAAUGGACCUGGAUUCGUUCCAUACGGAUGGAGACCGAAAAAUCCUGAAGAUGAGCAACACCUCCAGUACUGCCAGGAAUGCAAAGGUUUUAAAGUUCCAAGAUCACAUCACUGCCGCAAAUGUAAAAGAUGUGUGAUGAAGAUGGAUCAUCACUGUCCUUGGAUCAACACCUGCUGUGGUUACCUGAACCAUGCCAACUUUAUUUAUUUCUUGCUGUUUGCUCCCUGUGGCUGCAUUCAUGGUGCUGUCAUCCUCAUUGCUUCCUCAAUUCACACACUCAAUUUGCAUUAUUUUCGCUUCUAUGCUAAUGGAGAGCCCAUGGUGGAACUAAGCAUUCUGGGAUUUAUUCUUGUUGUUUUCACCAUAGGCCUGGCAGUUGGUGUGGUAGUUGCUGUGGGAAUGCUGUUUUUCAUUCAGUUUCAUGAAGUUCUUAAAAACGAAACUGGGAUUGAAACUUGGAUAAUUGAAAAAGCAAAAACACGAGAAAGAUCUGAAUCUGAAGGUGAAUUUCUCUUCCCUUAUCAUCUGGGCUGGAAAAAGAAUUUGAAACUUGUUUUUUGGCCAUCAGGUGAAAUUUCAUCCAAUGGAAUCCAUUGGCCUGUGAGAGAUUCUUGUCACCAAUUUACAUUAACAACAGAACAACUGAAACAGAAAGCUUUGAAGAGAGAACAUGUGGUUUUGGUGACCAUAAUUGAGAAUUAUUCAGGCUCUUGGUUACCCAUCAGUAAAGGCUGUAAAGUUAUAUACAAUAUUCCAUGUACAGAUGAGGUCAGAAUUCCUGUAAAUGUAGGUGACCAAAUUGAAGUAACCAGAGGGAAACGGCACUGGUUAUAUGGUCAAAAAGUUGCUGAAAAUAAAAAUUCAGGUAAUUACCAAAUAUUGUGA